GCGGUUUACCUCUGCAAGCGGACAAUGCAAAAUAAAGCAAGGCUAGAGCUAGCAGACUAUGAAGCUGAGAGCUUGGCCAGGCUACAGCGCGCAUUUGCUCGGAAGUGGGAGUUUAUUUUUAUGCAAGCUGAAGCACAAGCAAAAGUUGACAAGAAGAGAGACAAGAUAGAAAGGAAAAUUCUUGACAGCCAGGAGCGAGCGUUUUGGGAUGUGCACCGGCCAGUGCCUGGAUGUGUAAACACUACUGAAGUGGAUAUAAAAAAGUCUUCAAGAAUGAGAAAUCCACAUAAAACAAGAAAGUCUGUCUAUGGCUUACAAAAUGACAUCCGAAGUCACAGCCCUACUCACACACCAGUACCAGAGACUAAGCCUCCAACAGAAGAUGAACUACACCAAGAGAUUAAACACUGGCAAAUGCAAUUAGACAGACAUCGAUUAAAAAUGUCAAAAGUUGCAGAGAGUCUAUUAGCUUAUACAGAGCAGUAUUUGGAAUAUGAUCCUUUUCUUGUGCCCCCUGAUCCCUCAAACCCUUGGAUAUCUGAUGACACCACUUUCUGGGAACUGGAAGCAAGCAAAGAGCCAGGACAGCAGAGGGUGAAACGAUGGGGAUUUGGCAUGGAUGAAGCUUUGAAAGACCCUGUGGGAAGAGAGCAAUUUCUCAAGUUCCUGGAGUCAGAAUUCAGCUCUGAAAAUUUAAGGUUCUGGUUAGCAGUAGAAGACCUGAAGAAGAGGCCUAUCCGUGAAGUUCCUGCUCGUGUCCAAGAAAUCUGGCAAGAAUUUCUUGCUCCAGGUGCACCCAGUGCCAUCAAUCUAGAUUCAAAAAGUUAUGACAAAACCACGCAGAAUGUAAAAGACCCUGGAAGAUACACAUUUGAAGAUGCUCAGGAGCACAUUUACAAACUGAUGAAAAGUGAUUCUUACCCUCGUUUUAUACGAUCCAGUGCCUACCAGGAGCUGCUACAGGCCAAGAAAAAGGGGAAAUCGCUCACAUCAAAGAGGUUAACCAGUCUAGUGCAGUCCUACUAAAAGGAUCACCUUGUAGCAUGGAAGCAGACUCAAAUCAUUAUACAUACUUUGUAGCUCACUGAUUGCCUGAAUCAGAGGACAGUAGAACAAGAUGUUGCAUGAGCAAGGACCUGACUUGUUUUCUUUUGUGUAUACUAAGGCAUUACAGACUCCGAGGGACUCUCUAGCCUUUCGAUGCCUCCAUUUCGAAAACUGUCUGCUCACUUCCUCCUUCAUAUCAAGCUGGA